AUGGAUUCCAAUUCUACAACUGCUUCAACUUCGUCAAUUGAAGACUUCACUGGUCAACAUCCCCACCACCACAGCUACAAUCACAAUGAAAGCGAAAAAGUAAAUGAAAACGGUUUAAGACGCACUGACUCAGUCCUUGGUUCUGAUGAAGAUUUUGAUGAUAAUAAUGAUGAAAGUAGAAGAUUACAUUUGGUAAGAACAAUUACUGCUUUAUCCAAUAAAAACUCAUCUGAUCAGCUUGAUUCCCUUUCAAGGCAUAUCUCUCGACAAAUAACCAAUAAGGAAGGGGGAUUUACCAUGAAGAUGGAAGAAUUUAGUCUUCUUCGGAUUUUAUCAAAUUUUGUUUAUUUUGCCAAAAAACAAGGUUUAGCAAUGAGAUGUAGUGGUGUUUCAUUCCAAGAUCUUUGUGUUUACGGAAACGAUGAGUCAUUUGCCAUUGUUCCUACUGUACUUGAUUUAUUAAAGGGCCCUAUUGGUGGUAUACAACAAGCAGUUUCAAAAAUGAGAACACCUAAAAAGACAAUUUUGAAUAAUUUGAAUGGGUUUGCCAAACCAGGGGAAAUGGUUUUGGUAUUGGGUAGACCAGGUGCUGGUUGUACAACUUUUUUAAAAUCAUUGACCGGUACGGAUUUUGAUUUGUAUAAAGGUGUUGAAGGGGAUAUCAGAUACGAUGGAUUAACUCAACACGAAAUGUUAAACAAUUACAAGAACGAUUUGGUCUACAACCCCGAAUUGGAUGUUCAUUUUCCUCAUUUAACUGUUGACCAGACCUUGUCAUUUGCCAUUGGUUGUAAAACACCUAAAAUGAGAUUGAAUGGAGUGACAAGAGAACAAUUUGUUAAUGCCAAGAAGGAACUUUUGGCUACUGUUUUUGGAUUAAGACAUACAUACCAUACCAAAGUUGGUAAUGAUUUUGUUCGUGGUGUAUCAGGUGGAGAAAGAAAGAGAGUAUCAAUUGCUGAAGCCUUGGCCUGUAAUGGGUCCAUAUAUUGCUGGGAUAAUGCUACCAGAGGGUUGGAUGCAUCUACUGCAUUGGAGUUUGCCCGUGCUAUACGUACAUCCACUGACAUAUUGAAAACGACUGCUUUUGUUUCAAUUUACCAAGCUGGAGAAAAUAUAUACGAAUGUUUUGACAAGGUUACUGUUCUUUACCAUGGAAGACAAAUCUACUUUGGAUCUGCUAAAAGGGCCAAAAAGUAUUUUGAAGACAUGGGAUGGGAAUGUCCAGCAAGACAAACCACUGCCGAAUUUUUAACAGCUCUUACUGAUCCAAUUGGAAGAUUUGCCAAAGAAGGAUGGGAAAAUAAAGUACCUCAAACAGCAGAGGAAUUUGAGGCUUACUGGUUGAGAUCAAACGAGUAUAAGGAAUUGCUUCAAGAGAUUCAAGAUUACAACAAUUCCAUCGAUGCAGAUGAAACGAGACAAAUGUACUACAAGUCAAUUACUCAAGAAAAGAUGAAAGGGGCUAGAAAAAAGUCUCCUUACACCAUCUCCUACUUGCACCAAUUGAAAUUGUGUUCGAUAAGAAGUGCACAACAAAUUUGGGGUGACAAAGCAUACACAGUUACCCUUAUCGGGGCUGGAGUAAGUCAAGCUUUCGUUAGUGGAUCGUUGUAUUAUAACACACCCGAAACAGUUCUUGGUGCAUUUUCACGUGGUGGUGUUGUGUUUUUCGCUGUGUUGUUUAUGGCAUUGAUGGGUUUAGCUGAGAUUUCAGCCUCAUUUAGCAGUCGUCCAAUUUUGAUGAAGCAAAAGAACUAUUCAAUGUAUCACCCUUCAGCUGAUGCCCUUUCCAACUUUGUUACAUCAAUUCCAAUUAGUGUUCUUAUCAAUAUUUUCUUUGUCAUCAUUUUAUACUUUUUGUCCAAUUUAGCCAGGGAACCGGGUAAGUUUUUUAUUGCGUUUUUGUUUGUUGUGUUGCUUCAUUUGACUAUGGGUGCUUUAUUUAAAGCUGUGGCAUCUAUAAACAAGACUGUUGCUGCUGCAAAUGCAUUGGGAGGUGUGUUGAUGAUGGCGUCGUUGAUGUACUCCUCUUAUAUGAUUCAGCGUCCUUCUAUGCAUCCGUGGUUCAAGUGGAUCUCAUACAUUAACCCAGUGUUGUAUGCAUUUGAAGCAAUUGUUGCAUCAGAGUUUCAUGGAAGACAUAUGAAAUGUUUGGGACAGUACCUCACUCCUAGCGGUCCCGGUUAUGAGAACUUGGGCAACGGGGAACAAGCUUGUGCAUUUCUUGGAUCAAAAGUUGGUCAAGAUUGGGUUUUAGGAGAUGAUUACUUGAAAACUGCAUACACAUAUAGUUUCAACCAUGUGUGGAGAAACUUUGGUAUCAUGAUUGGGUUUAUGGCCUUCUUUUUAGCCAUUAACGCAUUGGGUACUGAGUAUAUCAAACCUAUAACGGGUGGUGGUGAUAAACUUUUGUACUUGAGGGGUAAAAUACCCAACAAGAUUGCUUUACCAGCAGAAAAACAGGCCGGUGAUAUAGAAGAAGGACCAGCAAUGAAUGAUUUAGAUGAUCGUGAGGUUAAAGUCAAUGCUAAUGACCAAGAUUUAAGAGUUAAAGAUAUUUUCCUUUGGAAGAAUGUUGAUUAUGUCAUUCCGUAUGAUGGAAUAGAGAGAAAACUUUUGGAUGAUGUUAAUGGAUAUUGUAUACCAGGAACUUUGACAGCAUUGAUGGGUGAGUCUGGUGCAGGUAAAACAACCUUGUUGAAUACCUUGGCCCAAAGAAUUGAUUUUGGAACUAUUACGGGCGACAUGUUGGUUAAUGGUAAACCCCUCGAUACUUCAUUCAGUAGGAGAACUGGGUAUGUACAACAACAAGAUAUCCAUGUUUCUGAGGUGACAGUUCGUGAGUCGUUGCAGUUUGCUGCUAGGUUAAGAAGAUCAAAUGAUGUGAGCGAUGCCGAAAAGUUGGAUUAUGUUGAAAAGAUUAUUGAUGUUUUGGAUAUGGGUCUUUAUGCUGAUGCAGUGGUUGGAAGGUCAGGUAAUGGGCUCAAUGUUGAACAGAGGAAAAAGCUUUCCAUUGGUGUCGAAUUGGUUGCAAAACCAUCGUUGUUGCUUUUCCUUGAUGAGCCCACCUCCGGUUUAGAUUCACAAUCAGCAUGGGCAAUUGUCAAGUUGUUGAGAGACUUGGCCAAUGCCGGGCAAUCAAUCUUGUGUACCAUCCAUCAACCAUCUGCCACAUUGUUUGAAGAGUUUGAUCGGUUGUUGCUAUUAAGAAAAGGAGGACAAACAGUUUACUUCGGAGAAAUUGGUGACAAGUCAAAGACGAUUCUUGAUUACUUUGAAAGAAAUGGAGCUAGACAUUGCGACGAGGCUGAAAACCCAGCCGAGUAUAUUUUGGAGGCUAUUGGUGCUGGAGCAACUGCUUCAAUUGAAGAAGAUUGGUUUGAAAUUUGGCAAAAUUCAUCCGAAAAAGUCAAAGAAGAUGAAAAAUUAAACAACUUAAUUCAAGAAUUGGAAAAAAAACCCUCCGAUUUGAGUCCUGAGGAGGAGAAACAAUUGCAUCACAAGUAUGCCACUCCAUACUUCUACCAAUUUAGAUACGUUUUGCAUAGAAAUGCCUUGACAUUUUUCCGUGACCCUGACUAUGUUAUGGCCAAGAUUUUCUUGAUGACAAUUGCUGGUUUAUUUAUUGGAUUCACCUUUUUCGGAUUAAAACAUACAAAAACAGGGGCUCAAAAUGGUAUGUUUUGUUCAUUCUUGACUGUGGUUGUGUCGGCUCCUGUCAUCAAUCAAAUACAAGAAAAGGCCAUCAACGGUAGAGAUUUGUAUGAGGUUCGUGAAAAAUUGUCAAACACCUAUCACUGGUCAUUGAUGAUCUUGUGUCAAGCGUUGAAUGAAAUGCCAUACUUGUUGGUUGGAGGAGCAAUUAUGUUUGUUUCAGUUUACUUUCCCACGCAAGCAGCAACUACAGCAUCUCAAUCAGGUAUGUUUUAUUUUACACAGGGUGUAUUUGUUCAAGCAUUUGCAGUGUCUUUUGGUUUGAUGGUACUUUACAUUGCUCCAAAUUUACAGAGUGCUGCUGUUCUUGUUUCCUUUUUAUACACCUUUAUUGUCGCAUUUUCAGGAAUUGUACAACCAGUGAAUUUGAUGCCUGGAUUCUGGACAUUUAUGUACAAGUUAUCACCAUACACUUAUUUCAUUCAAAAUUUGGUGUCAUCAUUUUUACAUCGCAGGGAGAUUCAUUGUAGUGAUAAGGAAAUGGCUUUUUUCAAUCCUCCAGCUGGGAAAACAUGUGGAGAAUUUGCCGAAGCAUUUGUAAAUAGAGCUGGAGGAUAUAUCGAUAAUCCUUCUGAUGACUCAAACUGUGGUUACUGUUCGUUUUCCAAUGCUGAUGAAUAUUUGUUAACAAUUGGAGCUAAAUUUUCUUUAAGAUGGAGAAAUGUUGGAUUUUUCUUUGCAUACAUUAUAUUCAACAUAGGCUUUUGCAUGUGUCUUUAUUAUUUGUUGAGAUAUAGCAAAUUAACCAACAAGGCUACUGGGUUUUUCGCUGGUUUUAAGAAGAACAAGAAGUGA